GUGUUUGAUAUUGCAUACAGUUACUAGUUUUUAUAAAAAAUAGUGGAAAAAUGGGAGUCUCCAAUUAUGAUGCUCUUAGGAAACAAGCGAGACACUUAGAAAAUGAAAUCGACUUGAAAUUGGUUGCAUUCAGUAAAAUUGGUGCAGGCACCAGCACAUCCCUACACAGCAGUUCAUCUACCGACACAUCACCAUUGUUAGGCGAACAUGUCUUCGAUUCGUUAUCAGAGGAAAUAUCACAAAUGCUGGACAAGCUUUCGUCCCUGAAUGAAACAAUGUCUGAACUUCCUGCAACAGGUGCUGCAGCAAUGCACACCCUCCAGCGCCAUCGCGAAAUCCUGCAUGGAUAUAGACAAGAAUUCAAUAAGAUUUGCGCAAAUCACACAACGCGCAUCGAACGUGAAGAAUUACUGCGUGGUUCUGGCUUGGCCACAAACAGCCCAACGAUUUCUGGCCUAAGUAGACGUGAUCUGUAUCUGAAAGAAAGUACUCAUUUGAGUAGUUCAAGUAAUAUGGUCAGUGAUCAAAUAAACAUAGCUAUUGAGACGAGAGAGCAUUUACUUUCGCAGCGACAGGCAUUCAAACGUUUGCAGACACGUUUUAAUGACAUUUCUAACAGAUUUCCUUUGAUUUCCAGUCUUAUCCAAAGGAUCAAUAUAAAGAAAAAACGAGAUUCGCUAAUUUUGGGCGCAGUCAUUGCUUUGUGUGUAAUACUUUUACUGCUUUACGCAUUCAAUUAACGAUUUUCCAAGUGAGCCGAUAUGUAAUUACAAAGCUAAUAUAAAAUUCACACAUUUCACGGUACUGUAAGGGCUUACCAGACAUAAGUAUGAAGAAAAGUAAAUAUAUUUUUUGUAAUUUUUGUUCGAUUUCAGUUAAAUUAUGUUACAUUUGUAGGGCAAUAUAUAAUUAAAAAUCGUAUUGUAAUUUGUGAUAAUACAAAGUUUGAAUAAAAAUAAAAAUAAAACGUUUUAGAAGUCAA